UGGCAGGGCGGGGCAGCUCUGUGACGCCGAGGGCUGGGCCUAAAUGGCGAAACCUGUGCGACUCCGGGGGGGGUUUGAACUGGCCAAUGGGCGAGCUGCCGACGGGGUGUCGGAAAAGGAGGCGAAAGCGGGGAGGAGUCGCCGCUGGAGCUGGACUGCACUCGCCGCGGCGUCUCCAUGGCACGACCCUGGCCUCCGACUUCAACGACUUCAUAAGGAGGCGUUUCUGGGCUCAGCCCUGUCGCUCCUGGUUUCCAUCGUGUGGGAAGAACGGAGUAACAAGUCUCACGCAGAAAAAGGUCUUGAGAACACCUUGUGGAGCGCCCAGUGUAACAUUGACGAUCAAACUUUUUUAUGUUGUCCCCUGCCUGCCAGAAGCGAACCAUGAAGGACCGCUCUUCAACUCCCCCCUUACAUGUUCACGUGGAUGAGAACACUCCCGUCCACGUCCACAUAAAAAAACUCCCGAAACCAUCAGCGACCAGCAGCCAGAAAUCUCAUAAGCGCGGAAUGAAAGGGGACACCGUGAAUGUGCGGCGGAGUGUCCGGGUGAAAACCAAGGUACCUUGGAUGCCCCCUGGAAAAUCAUCUGCCCGGCAUGUGGGAUGCAAGUGGGAGAAUCCACCUCAUUGCCUGGAGAUCACUCCACCGUCUUCAGAAAAAUUGGCCUCAGUCAUGCGGUUAAGUGACCUCUCUACAGAAGAUGAUGACUCUGGUCAUUGUAAAAUGAACCGUUAUGAUAAGAAGAUUGACAGUCUAAUGAAUGCGGUUGGUUGUCUCAAAUCUGAGGUCAAGAUGCAGAAGGGUGAGCGACAGAUGGCCAAGCGAUUCCUUGAGGAGCGGAAAGAGGAGUUAGAGGAGGUGGCCCAUGAACUGGCUGAGACUGAGCAUGAGAACACAGUGCUCAGGCACAACAUCAAGCGUAUGAAGGAGGAGAAAGACUUCACCAUGCUCCAGAAGAAACACCUCCAGCAGGAGAAGGAGUGUCUCAUGUCCAAGCUGGUGGAGGCCGAAAUGGAUGGAGCUGCAGCUGCCAAGCAGGUCAUGGCCUUGAAGGACACCAUCGGGAAGCUGAAAACGGAGAAACAAAUGACUUGCACGGACAUCAACACCCUAACAAGACAGAAGGAACUCCUCCUGCAGAAGCUGAGCACAUUUGAGGAGACCAACCGCACUCUCCGAGACCUGCUAAGGGAACAGCAUAGCAAAGAGGAUUCUGAAAGGCUGAUGGAGCAACAAGGAGCACUGCUAAAACGGCUGGCAGAGGCAGACUCCGAGAAAGCGCGCCUGCUGUUACUACUGCAAGACAAGGACAAAGAGGUCGAAGAACUACUCCAGGAAAUUCAGUGUGAGAAGGCUCAAGCAAAGACAGCAUCUGAGCUUUCUAAAUCCAUGGAGUCCAUGCGUGGGCAUUUACAGGCUCAACUUCGAUGUAAAGAGGCCGAGAACAGUCGCUUAUGCAUGCAGAUCAAGAACCUGGAACGCAGUGGAAACCAGCACAAGGCAGAAGUAGAGGCCAUCAUGGAGCAGCUGAAGGAACUGAAGCAGAAGGGAGAUCGAGACAAAGAGACCUUGAAAAAGGCCAUCCGAGCCCAGAAGGAGCGAGCUGAGAAGAGUGAGGAGUAUGCUGAGCACCUGCACGUGCAGCUUGCUGACAAGGAUCUUUAUGUUGCCGAGGCUUUGUCCACUCUGGAAUCAUGGAGGAGCCGCUACAACCAAGUUGUGAAAGAUAAGGGUGACCUUGAGCUGGAAAUUAUUGUCCUAAAUGACCGGGUAACAGAUCUGGUGAAUCAACAACAGACCUUGGAGGAAAAGAUGAGGGAAGACCGGGACAGCCUCGUGGAGAGACUCCACCGUCAGACUGCUGAAUAUUCUGCAUUCAAGCUCGAAAACGAGAGGCUGAAGGCUAGCUUUGCCCCAAUGGAGGACAAACUCAGUCAGGCACAUCUGGAGGUCCAACAGCUGAAGGCAUCAGUCAAGAACUAUGAGGGAAUGAUUGACAACUAUAAGAGUCAGGUAAUGAAGACUAGAUUGGAGGCAGAUGAAGUGGCUGCCCAGCUCGAACGCUGUGACAAAGAGAACAAGAUCCUGAAGGAUGAGAUGAACAAAGAAAUUGAAGCGGCACGUCGGCAGUUCCAGUCCCAGUUGGCUGACCUGCAGCAGUUACCUGAUAUCCUCAAGAUUACAGAGGCUAAGCUAGCCGAGUGCCAAGAUCAGUUGCAGGGAUACGAGAGGAAGAACAUUGACCUCACAGCCAUCAUAUCAGACCUGCGCAGCCGGAUCGAACACCAGGGGGACAAGCUGGAGAUGGCGAGAGAGAAACAUCAGGCUUCCCAGAAGCAAAAUAAACAGCUGAGUCUGAAGGUGGAUGAACUGGAGAGGAAACUGGAAGCAACCAGUGCCCAGAACAUCGAGUUCCUCCAGGUGAUUGCCAAGAGGGAGGAGGCAAUCCACCAGUCCCAGUUGCGGCUGGAGGAGAAAACAAGAGAAUGUGGGACCCUGGCCAGACAGUUGGAGAGUGCCAUUGAAGAUGCUAGGAGGCAGGUGGAACAAACCAAGGAGCAUGCAGUCUCCAAGGAGCGAGCAUCCCAGAACAAAAUCCUGGAUCUUGAGACCCAGCUAAGCAGGACUAAAACAGAACUUAGCCAGCUGCGGCGGAGCCGUGAUGAUGCGGACCGCCGUUACCAGAGCCGGCUACAGGACUUAAAAGAUCGACUGGAGCAGUCAGAGAGCACUAAUAGAAGCAUGCAGAACUAUGUUCAGUUCCUCAAGUCGUCAUAUGCCAAUGUGUUUGGGGAUGGUCCCUUUAAUACUUACUUGACUAGCUCCCCUAUCCGAUCCCGAUCUCCUCCUCCCUGAAGUGUUCUGUCUUGGGGUGGGAGCCUUGAUUGUUGCUGUGAAACUAUGGAGUUGUCAAGCCAUAUCUG